UCAGAUGAGGAAAGGCAGACAGACGCUAAAAGCCCGCUCUCCUCUCCUCUCCUCUCCUCCCCCCCACGAAGCGAAGCCUGCCGGGUCGGGCUGAGGUGAGGCCCAGCGCGGACCCGGAACGGGGGCGGAGCGCUUCAAAAAGGGACUGAGGGCAAGGAGAGCAAAGAAGGGGAGCGCCAGGAGCCGGGAAGAAAGCGGAGGCGAGAGAAGAGCGGGAGAGCGGCACAGACAGAAGCGCGCCGGGGAAAGAGCGAGAGCGUCUGCGCUCCUCCGGACCAUGGACGCCUUCGUCCUCGGCGCAAGCUGGCUGAACUUUCUCCUGUUGCUGCUCCUGCUGCUCCUGCUGCUGGUGGUCUCGCUCAGCGGGAGGAUUAGGAGGCCUGAUGAACCUCCACUUGACAGAGGUCACAUUCCUUGGCUUGGGCACGCACUGGCAUUUGGUAAAGAUGCUGCCAAGUUCCUGUCUGAGAUGAAAGAGAAACAUGGUGAUAUUUUCACAGUUCAAGUUGCAGGAAAAUUCAUAACGGUCUUAUUGGAUCCGCUUUCCUAUGAAACGGUGCUUUGGGAAUCAUGUGCCAAGCUGGACUUUGGCCAAUAUGCACAAAUUUUAAUGAAACGGAUGUUUGAUGUGACACUCCCAAAUUAUGAUUCUAAUGAGGAAAAGACCAUGCUAAGACGCUCUCUGACGGACAAGAACCUUCACAGCCUGACAAAGGCCAUGUGCCUUAACUUACAAACCAUUCUUCCUGGACCUGAUGGAGCCAGUGGGCAGUGGAAAGAGGAAGGCCUGUUUCAACUCUCCUACAGAACUAUGUUCAGAGCUGGAUUCUUGACGUUGUAUGGAAAUGAAAGCAAGGAUUAUGAAGAUGUUAACGGUCAAGCUAAAGAUCGGGAUCAUUCGAUGGAAGUUUAUAAUGCAUAUUAUAAAUUAGACCGAUUUUUGAUGAAAGCAGCCCGGUCAACCUUAAGUGUAGUGGAAAAACAGAACUUUUACAACAUCAGGAAGGAUCUCUGGAACUUUUUUCCUAUGGAAAAACUGAACAGCAGAGCAAACCAAAGUGUUUGGUUGACCAUCUAUAAGGAACACUUGGUAGAUCUUGGUGUGAAUGAAGUUAUGCAAACUAGAGCCAUGGUGCUGCAACUCUGGAGUACUCAGAGCAAUGCUGGUCCAGCAGUUUUUUGGCUUCUCCUGUUUCUUUUGAAACAUCCUCCAGUCAUGGCAGCAGUUCAAGCUGAAAUGGAAAAACUAUUUAGAAACAGACGAUUAGCAACCAGGCCAAUUUGUGAGAUACUCAACCAAGACGUUUUGGAUAGCACACCCAUUUUCAACAGUGCUUUAAAUGAAACCCUGCGUUUGACAGCUGCUCCUUUUAUCAGCCGAGAAGUCCUUCAGGACAUGGCCCUGAGACUGACAGCUGGCAGAAAGUACCACCUGAGGAAAGGAGAUAGGCUUUGCCUCUUCCCAUUCAUAAGCCCUCAGAGGGACCCCGGAAUCUAUAAGGAGCCAGAGAAGUUCAUAUACAACCGGUUUCUCAAUUCAGAUGGCACAGAAAAAAAAGACUUCUAUAAAGGAGGAAAAAGGCUCAAAUAUUACAAUAUGCCAUGGGGAGCAGGAAUAAAUGUCUGCAUUGGAAAGUUCUUUGCAGUUAAUAGCAUCAAACUAUGUGUUUUCCACCUCUUAAACCGUUUUGACUUGGAACUGAUAGAUCCUGCUAAGGAAAUACCAGGCUUUGACAAGGAGAGAUAUGGUUUUGGAAUGCUGCAGCCAGAAACGGAUGUCAGAAUACGAUAUAAAUUGAAAGACCAGUAAAGUGAUGGUCCAUUUCUCCAGUCAUUCUGUCUAGAGUAUAAUCCACAAACAAACAAUGCUUGUUAGUUACUGUUGGAAUUGAUUUUGGGCAGGGGUGGGAUUCAACUGGUGUUACUACUGGUUCGGUGAGAGUUGUGUUUUGCAUGCGCACGCACGGUUCACAUGCGCGGGCCUGACACGCACUGCAUGUGCGUGUACAUUUGCAAAAAGACAUCAGCUGUGCCGCCAGGACAGCUGACAAGCGCUG